CUGCCCCUCCCUGGCAUCCCUCCAGCCUUAGGCAGUGGCUUGUCCUCUGCCUCGGGGAGAGCCGGGACCCUCGCGCGACGGUGCCUGUGCCUAUGGCCCGUCCCGGCUGGAUGCUGCCAGCCCUGCAGGGAAAGGAGAGUCAGGGCUGAGCCUCGGCGUCCGCUUUUGCUUGGGGACUAUGUUCUGAGGACUGCAGAAACAGCCCCCGAGUGUGGGGAGAUGUAUGCUGCAGCUACUUGUGUUUCUUGAGAGAGAGCUCGCACGGCUGAGAAAUGGAUAUGAGGAUAUGCAGCGGCAGGCAAGGCUGUCCCGUCCCUGUGCUGUCAGACCUAUCUCGUCAGCGAGCCUGGCUUGGCUGUGUUUGUGUAACGAGCAGGGUGUGGGAGAGCCUCUAAGGAAAUCGCAGUUCAUAUAGUGCGCUUCUGUGUGCCGAACAGUAGUUCUUGUUUUGGAGGACAAAUGCUUCUGUCAACUGCUGUGAUUUAUCCAGGUUCCCAAAUCAUGGUACAUUCACCGUUACAAGGUGAUGGUAACUUGCAGUUCCUCUGCAUUCUGGGGAAUGCAAGAAGGCUCAUUGUGUGCUCAACAUUGUCUGAACAAUUUGCUGCAAGGGGAAUACUUCAGUCCUGUUGAGUUAUCCUCUAUUGCACAGCAAUUGGAUGAGGAAGAAAGGAUGAGAAUGGCAGAGGGAGGAGUAUCUAGUGAAGAAUACAGAACAUUUUUACAGCAGCCUUCUGUAAAUAUGGAUGAUAGUGGAUUCUUCUCAAUUCAAGUUAUAAGCAAUGCCUUGAAAGUGUGGGGUUUAGAACUAAUCCUCUUCAACAGCCCAGAGUACCAGAGACUUGGGAUCGAUCCUAUAAAUGAAAAAUCAUUUAUUUGUAAUUAUAAGGAACACUGGUUUACAGUUCGAAAGUUAGGAAAACAGUGGUUUAACUUGAACUCUCUCUUGAUGGGUCCAGAACUAAUAUCAGAUACAUAUCUUGCACUUUUCUUGGCUCAAUUACAACAGGAAGGUUAUUCCAUAUUUGUAGUAAAAGGUGACCUGCCAGACUGUGAGGCUGAUCAGCUGCUGCAGAUGAUUCGGGUACAGCAGAUGCAGCGACCAAAACUGAUAGGAGAAGAGGCAGCACAGUCAAGAGAUCAGAGGUUACCCAGAAGUGAUGUGGACCAAGCAAUAGAAGUUAACCAUCCUUUUGAUGGAACAAGCAUGUUAGAUGAAGAUGAAGAGAAUUUUCAGAGAGCCCUGGCUCUAAGUAGGCAGGAAAUUGAUAUGGAGGAUGAAGAAGCUGAUCUUCGCAGAGCCAUUCAGCUCAGCAUGCAAGGUAGCCGUCAAAGUGAGCUCUCAGGCUCAUUACCACAGAAUGUUCCUCAGUCGUCUCACAGCAGUCAGACAGACUCCCUUUCUUCAGAAGAACUGCGAAGGAGAAGACAAGCAUAUUUUGAAAAACAGCAACAACAGCUACAGCAGCAAGAUCAGACCCCAAACCUACAGGACAAAGCAACUCUUAGUUCAAGCACUCCAGAACCUAGUGAAGGAGGUGAUAUGAGUGAAGAAGACAUGCUUCAAGCAGCCAUGAAUAUGUCUCUGGAGUCUGUUAGAAACCACUUGAAUUCAGAAGAGGAGAAAUAACAUCAUUUUUUUCCCUCUUAUUGUCAAAAAGUUAAGUCUCCAUUAAAAUUCUACUGUGUGAAUGUUGCACAAGCAGGGUUCAUUUCAGAGUUCUGGAAGCAGAAAUGAAAGGGGGGUUCCUGGAGGUCAGUUUAGAGAGGAUCUACAAAUACGAAAAAGAUUGCACUAAUUUAGAGAACUGUAGCAUUCAGCAUUCCUACUACAAAACAUCUGCUCACAAGAGUAGUGGUGUUAAAAUUACUGCAACUAUUCACACCAAGUUAGACAAGGGGAGCAGCUGUAACUUAAAAAAGUAAAGCUUUUAAAGCUUGCAUUAAAAAUGCAAGUUUAAAUUGUUCUAAAGAAUUCUGCAGAGGAUACAAAUGGUGCUGAAAACAGCAUCAAGUUAUUUUCUUCAGUCUAAUGGAAAAACAGAUACAAGUAAUAAGUUAUGCUCAUAAAUUCUUUUUAAUAGAUCACUCUAAAAUGGGGAGAGUAAUUGAAUUCCAUUCAUCUUAACAAACACUCACAAAAUAAAUUAUUUAUGAGUGACUUAACAUCAACUUUUUGAUCCUGCUGUCCACUUCUGAAAUGACCCAUUCUGCAGGAAACACGAAUCCAUAAAUUUCAUACUUUUCAAUUUAAGACAAAAUUUUCAAUGUAUUGUUGACUAUUAUGGUACUCCUGAGUCUUUCAGUGAUUUCUGACUUUCUAACGAUUUUUGGGUUUACCUUCAAUUCCAGUUGUAAAAUUUUAGGCCCAUGUUUAACAUACUGUCGUUUAGUAGCUAACUUGCCUUAUUUGGGUUGGGGUUUUGUUCUUGUUUGUUUUUAAUUGUUGUUUUCUUGUGUUCUUUCUCUUUAAAACCACUGUCUUUUUACUUCAAAAGCAGCAUAUACUCAAUUGGGUUGAACAGGUUUUGUUUUCUACCUCUUCCAGAGUGUUUUCCUCUUCAAGCUCAACCCUCCAUUCUGGCCUUUCAGUAUGAACUGAGAGCUGUAACUGAGUCUAGGAGAAAGUAGGAGGGCAUUUAGAUGCCAUAAAGUCGGUGCCACACGCAUGAGGUGCAUUCCUGCAAUCUGAAAUGACCCCUGUGCAAGUAGCUCUUUCAAGAAUGAAUAUUUAUGCCUGUGUGGAUGUUUCUUCUGAAAUGCUUUCUAUGAGUGUCUGUCAGAAUGUUGCAGUUUUUUCAGGAAUGGCCUUUAUUCACGCACCUUACAAUUUUUUAUCAUGUUGUUUCUGAUCCUGAGAAAAAUUGGGAAGCCAAGUAUGUGAGAUAGCUUAUGCUGUUGGUUGUAAGACAUUUGCUUUGAUAUCCAGGAUGAAUGUGUAACAGGGUGACCAAACCUGACUUGGAACUUCAGUGCAACAAAAGAGAAAUGUUUCAUUUUCCUAAAUGGUGCUUGAAAUACAAAUUCUGUUUACAUAUAAAUUAUAUGGAAAUAUGUUGUAGAUAGAGUAUAGAAGCUGUAGUCCAGUUAAAGCAUUAACAGUUAGCAAAGGCAUUCUAAGAAUCUUUCAUAGAUAACCCCAGUUUUCUUUAUCAAAAUAUUCUAAAGUUACAUCUUUGCACAAUAGUAACAUUUAAAUAAAAUCAGUAGGAAAUGAAUGGUAGCUAGAUGGAAAUACACAUUCAGCAUCAAGUAGUACUGUACAUGAAAGGGCUUUUAACCUCUCAGUAAAGAUUUGUUUACAGCAAUGGUUUCCUGAUAGCUUAGGAUAUUAUUAUAUUAUACAAAAUUGGGCUAAAUUCUGUUUUUCUUAUCUAUGUGCUGGAUUUUCACCAAUGUCACCAGAACCACUGAUAUGUGUUACACAACAUGGAUUUUGAUGUGAGAAAGCACUACUUUUUAAAAACAGAUUUUUGCCUUUUUUAAAUAAUCAUGUCAUUAACAUUAUAAUUAUUUGUAAUGUCUCAAAUUAAUGUAGCCGAACAAUGACUUUAAAACUCCAUGUGUGCAUAUGCCAUUUUGAAAUGCUGUAUUUUUCAGGGUGUGAUUUUUCUGCUUUCAGUUUGCAAUUUCUAUGAAACUGAAAGCAAGAAAGGUGUCUGAAGCACUGAUUUUUUUUUUUUUUUUUCUCAUUGAUUACUCAGUUUAAUUUUCUUUUUUGGUUGUGCCAUAAACUAAUUCUGAAAUAAGACUCAUUUUCAUAAAUAGGUGUAGACUGGCAAUCUGAUGCCAGUGCUUGGAACCCAGACCUUUUAUCCUCUAUUAUAAAAACAUAAUAAAAUAUUAUUUCUAUAGAUCUAACAGCCCUAUAUUUAAAACAAACAACUCAGCCCCUUAAAUCUCACUGACUGUAACCCAGACCAACUACAUGAUUUUAUAAUCACUAAAACAUGGAGGUUUGUCUUUGAACUUUCAUGUCAUAAGUCACUUCAUCACCCAAGUAUUUUAAUAUGGAAGGAAUAUAAAAUGUCAGUGCCUUAAAGGUGCAGCUGAGUCAGUGAUCACAGGGCCAACCAUUUCCCUUUCCGUGGAGAAACUCUCACUCAACAAAUACCAGUUUGAUUUUUAGAGAAAUGUCAAGUUGAAUGAUGUAGGCACAUCUAUCUAGAGAAGCAGUUACGACAGAGCAAUUUAAGCUUUUUAAAUUUAUGUUAAUUCAUGUAAUUCUGUCACUGGAAAAGACCUGUAAGAAACCAACCAUUAAUCCAGCCCAGUCCACCAGAAACUGUAAUGUUCCUAAGCACCACUGCCACACCUCUUUUAAAUAGCUCUGGGGAGAGGACUCAACCACUUGCCUGGGCAGCCUGUUCCGAUGGUGGACAGCCCUUUCAGGGCAGAAAUAAUUCCUGAUACCCAACUGAGGCCAUUUCCUCUCUCCUUGACACUCGUUACCACACUACAACCUCCUUUCAGGACUUGUAGGGAGUGACAGGGUCUCUAUUUGAACUGUACCCGAGGAAAAGACUCAUACUAAUUGCUGACAGUACGUAUUUUAUAACCCAGGUCUCAAGUUCAAAAUGUCUGGACCUGCCAAGAAGCUGUCAAUAAAACACUGCUGUCAUUUUUUGGUGUGCAUUCUUUCAGUGAUAAACAGUUCUCAGUGUUGCUUAACUGUGCUUCCAAUUUACUAAUUUAGAGCGUGCUUCCGGUGUUAUCUACCCUGGCAAGCUGAAGGGCCAGGCUUUUUCCCGUGUUACAGCUUUAGGCCAAAGUUCAGUGUAAGGGAGCAGACAUUGGGGUUUUUUUUUGGUGGGGGGUUUGUUUGUUUUAAUUACAGAAUUAUAUUUGAGGGACUUCAUUCCUUCAACCAUUUUUUACUAUUUUCCAGUUAAUGGACCAUGUGAAAUAGAUUAUGGUUUUCUGUCAGUAGAAAUCAAAGGGGCAGGGGUGAUGAAAUAAAUAUAUUCCAAAAUUAAUUCUCUAAGUUUAAUUCUGCAAACUGCUUUUAUGGUAUUACAGUGAGGGCAGGAGGAACAAGAGUUGUAAUGCAAUGAUGCUUGCAUGCAAUUCUUGUUAGGCACAGCAAGUACAAAUAUGAGCUGUUUUAAAUGCUUAUAUUUUUCUAGACCUGAAACUAAUAUGAUACAAUACUGGCUUACUUUAACAUUUGGGCUUCCUGUGCCCUUCAAAGAACUGCAGCAAAUUUAGGAGUAAUUUUCAGCUAAGGUACUCUUCUUACUUGACAUACUUUAUUACUCUGCAGAUGACUUGAAAAUAACCAAUACAAAUUUAAAUCUAUGAAGUGUUUUAAUGUUGGACUAUUGUUUCUUUUACAAAAUUACAGAAAGGUGGGGGGGUAAAAUGGCUUCUGCAGACGUCUAGUAGACAAAUAUCAUUUGCAAGCUGCUUUGUCUUAUUACAAAAUUGACAGGUUUGAAAAUUAACAUGUUACAGUUCUAAAAUGUGAAGUUUUCUAGUACUAAUUAUUGGUUCAAAUAAUGAUGAAAACAUAAAAAUGGUGGCCUUUGUACUGAAAAAUACAAUAUAGGGGAACAGGAUCAGAGAAUUAGAACUCAGCCUUACAAAGAAGUAUUUUGCAAUUUGUGUUACCAGCACAUCACUUUUAAAGGAAUUGAAAUAAGAAUCCAAGGAUAAGAAAAUUAUGUUGUGUACUUGGUAAGCCAUUACUGCCCUGCAUAGAACGAACUUAAGUCCUGGAAAGUCUUGAUAAUUAUUCACAAAUCAUUACGCAAAAGAAGUCCAGCAUGUAAUAAAUACAUACCUAUUCCAUGCACACAAUCACUUGUUCAAGUGAGAAUUAUACUUAAUACGUUCAAACUGGCUGGGUCCAAAUAUUUAGUUCUUCAGUUUAAAAUUGGUAGUUUUGUCUUGUAGCCAGGUUUUCAUCUUAAAAGCAUAAGCUUUUCUGCAAUUUUUUUUUUUAAAUCUUCAUACAAACAUUUUGCCUUAUUUGUAUUUUAGAGAUUGAGGUAAUGCUGGAGUAUUUAACCUGCCAUAGCCACCUUCUUCCCCAGCUGCAGUUCUUCAGAGUUAGUACAUGUGACUUUUCAACUGCUUUCACCAAAUCAAAAUACUUAGACAUUAUUUUCUUUGUUAAGAAAAAUAAUUACUAUACUUUUCUUUUAAUCUCCCCCCAUCCUCAGUACAGCCAGUGGGUGAAUUCAGGAAGGGACUUGUAAGAGUUUGAAAAAAGGGAUGUAAUAUUUAAAUGCCACUGUGCAAAAGCAAAGUGAAAAAAAAAAGGAAGUUAAAAACCUUGAUCUUGUCUUUAAAGCAUGUAAACUUUCUAAAAAUUUUUUUUUUUUUUUUUUUUUUUUUUGCUACAUGAAACCCCCUGUGUACAAAUCAGUGUAGAGUUAGGAUUUUGUAAGGGAAUAAUUUUUCAUCUCUUGCCUAAUAGUUGUGCAUUUUAGAAAUCAUUUUCAGUAGGAAUUUUUUUGUCAAGACUGUUUCCAUAUCACAUCUUUGGCUCUGCAUUCCUGUAUAAUUUUUGCCUAUUUUGUGUACAUAAAGCAUAGAAUACUGAAAAGAUUUAAAAAGGGAAAGUUGAAAUGCUUUGUCAUUGUUUUGACUGGAAAAUGGCAGCACUGUUCAAUAUUUUGAAAAUGUUCUCCAAAUAGGCAUGAAUAUAUAUGGUUGUAUUUGAUAUCACUUUUUUAAAUAAAUAUGAUUAUAGCUUCUAAUGUUUCUCUC